AUGAUAGGCGGAGAAGGCAUCGUCGUCGAAAUUGACGAAAGCAAAUUUGGCAAACGGAAAUAUAGCCGUGGUCAUAGAGUUGACAGCGUUUGGGUACUUGGAAUGGUUGAGAGAACAUUUGAACGACGCAUUGUUCUACUUCGUUUAAAAAAACGAGAUAAAUUAACUCUUUAUACUUUAAUUAUCAAAUACGUUGCCAAAGGAAGUAUUAUAUAUACUAAUAAAUAG